AUGUCUCAAGAAUCCCAACCAUUGACUUUUGGCGUGGAGUUCGAAGUUGCCUUAGCUUACGCUGAUCCAACAAAAGUCCAACCAGAUUAUUCAGACACCAGAACAGUCGCGUUUGACACGAUCGAGGCCGAUUUUUGGGCCCCGUAUGAGAUAGGAAAUUCUUUAAUAUGCAAAAAGAGUAUCUUUGCUGCUACUCGCAAUGCGGCAUUUAGGCACAUUCAAAGUACUAUGGAAGACGCAGGCUAUGCCGUACAUCGAGACGGAGGUUUCAAUGAAUGGCCUCUUACUCUUGAUCCCAGCGUUAGAAAACCGUCAGAGCUUCCCCAUUAUCUUGACUACCUUGAAUUGGAGUUUGUAUCUCCUGCUUACUACUUUGUACCAGAUUCUUUGAAGGUUAUCGAAGAUGUCCUUGCGCUGUUGAAGAGCACGUAUCUUAUGAACGUGAACGUCACAACCGGGUUCCAUGUACAUUGCGGGGAUAGUUUAAACGGCUUCAAAUUCGACACACUGCGGAAACUGACUAGUUUCCUCUUUGCUUUUACCCCACAAUUGAACACCAUUCAUCCGUCUAGCCGUCAAGAUGUUACGAAGGCGAGUUAUGCAGGUUCUUUACGUGAGGGUUCUCGCUUUGAAAUCAAGAGGAGACCAACCCAUAAAGCUAGGCCAACUCCAAUUCAAGCCAUCUCAAGAUUCAUGAACUCUAGGACGUCAAUGGAGUUUCUACGUCAUGCCGGGAAUCCAGACGCUCCGAAAGCAAUGGCCCAUAAUCUUGCGUCAAUACAAGCCAUGACAUCCGGUGACCAAGAUAAGUUCUUCAAGCCGGCCAUCGAAUUCAGACAGCACGAGGGCUGUCUUGAUGCAGUCGAAGCUAUCAACUGGAUUAAAACAGUACUUGGCAUCGUCGAUUUCUGUAUGAAUGCCCCAACUGCUGCGGUAGAUCGAAUGCUCCAAAUCACUAAGCUCGAGACUUGGGAAAAGCUAGGCGAUGGUCAUGAUGCAGAAAGAGAGGCCCAGUUGGGACCUAUUCUAGCAGACAAAGAUUUCACAGCCAUCCACUUACUCCAGGCUCUCAACCUGCCGGGCCCUGCCCUAUACUACGCUCAGAGAGGGCUCUAUAAGCACGAAAUGAAACACAGAAUCGAUAGUACCAGUACCAGCAGUACCGAGCUUAGUUUCUCAAAAUGGGAUUACGAGAAAAGGCCUCCGAGGGAUCCUGCAGUGCUGGCACGGCAAGUGAAACUCAGAGACGCGUGGGAUGCUCUCAAAGCUGCUUCCAAAGCGCGAGACCUCCUCGACCCUCCCGUCCGCGCACGUUGGACAUUCGAUCCCACAGAUUCCCUAUGGCCUUCCCACAACACGACUUUAGACGACGGUGCCGAUACCGACGCCACAACAGACGAAGAAUCUAGUAAUCUGUCGGGCAGCAGUCGCGGUAGUACCGUUUCCCUUUCUACGGACAGUUCUGACUCAUGGGAACCCAUCACUGACCCAUCACACCCACUCUAUAUGAACCAAUUCGGAACACCCACGUCCAGCAUCUCACGCUUCAACGGCUCCAUCGGCCGUAUAUCCAAUUCCUUCGUAGCACCGCUAUCCCCGUCCUCGGCAUCUUCAAGCGGCGAGAUCGAGGCACUGGAUGAUGAAACGACUGAUAAGGGUGUGACAGAGAAUGAUCGGCAGUGGGGGGAGAAACUAGGUGGCUCUGGGGGAGUUGGGGAUCCGUUUGAGGGUGAAAGGGGGGAGAGGAUGAGGGGGGCUGGGAGUAGGAGUCGAAGUGUUAGUCCCAGGACGAGAAUUUAUGACGGAGACUAUGGAUUCCACGGAACCAAUACAUGGGAACGUUGGCAACUGUUUAAUUUCUACAAACAUGUCUUCGGUCACCAAGACUUCGACGCACGGAAUAUGCAAGAGGCAAAACGGUACCCGGACAAAGACAAGCUCGAUCAGUACCUCGACUCGCUCGUUCCCGAUUUUCGAAAGAAGAUAGUCAACAUGGUGCUAGGAGAUAUCAUGUUCCCGAAGCUAAAAGCCGGGGUCAAAUUCCCCAAUGGUCGCCCGCCUUGUUGGUGCGUUAUGCAUAACACAGUAGCUCCCGAGGGUCUGGAUCUUCCCCCCUUAUCACUAGUAUCGCAACUUCGAGCAAUAACCCAGGGCAAUGAAGAGGAUACGCUCGAAGGUAGAAACCUCAUAGGUACAUAG